AUGCAGAAUAUGCCAAAUCCAGCUCAUUUCCUACUUUUGAUUGCUAGCCGAUCUCAUGGAUGUUCACCGCUACUCAAUCGCCAAACUGUCAGUGCUAAUGAACAGGAACGUACCUUCACCACUAAUCUAAGCUUGUAUAAAGAAAAAGAAGGCACCUUUUCCAAGGAUGGUGUUAAAUAUCCAAAAUGGUUUACUGGCAAGCCUGUACUAUACAUACAAAGAUAUAUCAUGGAAAUUUAUUAUGACGAUGUCAAGUCGAAACUGUGGACUGAAGAAGAAAUGAACAAAAAGACGUUACUUCAUUCCUUUUAUCUGGUCGAUAACAUUACAAAUUUUAAAAGUUUAUCUGGGAAGAAAAUAGGCAAUUUCUGCUUUAAGGCUAAAGGACAUAAAACUUUAUUUUCAUCAUCGAUCAAUGACUGUAUUAUAGCUGCACCUACUAACUUUUGGCCGAACCUAUCCAGCUUUAACAGUGAUAAGAAUGUAAUUGAAAGGAUUAUAGAACAUAGCAAUGCCGAUCUGCUCAUUGGGGUACCAGUAUUGGCUAGUGGUUUUCAGCAACAGACUGUUCCCGGAAAUUAUGUCAAGCGAAUUUUUUCUGUUUCUGUAGUAAUGUCAUCCUUCGAGAAUAGAUUUUUAAAAGAAUUACAUGAAUAUCUAGGAAAAUUUUAUUAUAGAGAUUUCAACGUUUCCCAUAACUUUGGGCUUGCUAGUAGCACGCAUAUUCAACAUAUUUACUACUCAGAAGCAUCGGGUAUUUUGGAGUUGCUACCAUUACUGUUAACGCACGUAAUCGUUUUUCUAUACAUUGCCUUUUCCGUUGCAAAAAUUGAAAUGGUACGAUCAAAGUGGGCACUAGCUUUCAGCGCUGUAUGUACUAUAUUUGCCGCUUUGACCAUGCCGCUAGGCAUUAGCACUUAUCUACAAUUGGAUAGUACUCUUCAGAAUCGAGAAAUCUAUCCGUAUAUUAUCAUCAUUAUUGGCUUAGAGAAUAUCUUAAUCAUUACAAAGUCUGUAGUAUCUACACCUAUGGAUUUGGAAGUUCGGGAAAGGAUUGCAGAAGGGCUCAGCAAAGAAGGUUGGUCUAUUUGGAAAACAUUUUUCUUCGAAGUCAUUACCUUAUUAGCUGGCUAUUUUAUCAAUGUUCCUGCUAUUCAGGAAUUUUGUGUUUUUGCUUCUGUUGCUGUUAUAUCAGAGUACUUUCUACAAAUGUUUUUUUUCGUCCCUGUCCUUGCUAUCGAAAUUAGAAGAAUUGAGUUGACAGAUUUAAAUAAGCAAAAUAUCAGAAAAGAAGAUGCUUUAAGUGAAGGUGAAGUAGAGGAACAGCCCAUUAAAUCUAUUGAUGAAACGUUUCAAAGUAAAGGCUCCGAUGAAAAUUUCAUGUCUCCAUCAUUUACAAGACAAGCUAAAAUGCCGAAACGUCUUGCAUUUGCCUUUAGUUUUUGGGCAAGAACGCGCAUCGUUCAAAGAGUAUUACUGCUAUGCAUGAUUGGAUACAUUUUAUAUGUAAUUACUUACAUUGUAUUCCCAUCAAUGGCUCCAAAUGGGUCUGGCAAUGUACAGAGAGUCAGUGUAGAAUCCCCUCACUUUUUUAGUAACAUGGAAGUGGAGAGCGAAAGCAGGCUCUUGUGGAAAAUUGGCUUGAAAAUACAAAGAUCAGUUCGAAACAUUGUUGCAACGGAAUCAUCGGAGGCUUCGUCAACUACUUCUCAGCUGCCUUGGGAAGCUUGGUACCGCCUGUUAAGUCUUAAUAACUAUCAUCUGGCUGGUAUGCACAUUGGGCUAUUGUCACCUGUAGUAUUAAAACGUGAAUAUAGUUCGAAACCUGGGCGAAUGUCGGUUGAUGUAAUGAAUUUAACAAAACAGGAAGAUAUAUCUGUAAUAUCGAUUGAUGGCGUAUAUUUAGUUUUUGCGGUGCUAAUAUUAUUCAUUAUAAUCUGCUAUACAUUGACGGUACUCAUGAAAUACUUAUUGCCAACAACUAGAGAUAUAUUAUUGUGGUUUAUCCGUAUGUGCCAGCCUCCUCAGUAUCGUACCACUAUAGCAGAUAAUGCCCCCAUCAUACUUAGAGGCCAUGGGCAAGACAUAGAAUGUUUAGAUUCUAAUGGUUCCACCCUUGUUACUUCUUGUCUUGAAGGCAAAGUGAUUGCGUGGAACGUUAUCACUGGUGAACAAUAUUGCAUAUUACGAAGGAAUGAAAUAUUGCCUCUACCUCGCCCAAGAAUGGACAGACUUCGAAAUCAUUAUGAUGAUAGCUUAUUAGGCAUGCCAGUCAGAGGGAACGCUAGAAUGUAUGGGUACAUGCAAGGCGAAAUUGCACCAGCUCAUUUAGGGAUGACUGGAAGUCAGUCAACUUACUUCGGUGAUGUAGCUAGGUCUCCGGUUUCACCAAUGUACAAAACACAUCGGAGAUCAAGAAGCGACGAAGUGAAUUCACGAACAAUAGUAGAAAGUACCUUCGCAACCAGUAUGCGCCCAGUUAGUGUUGCUCAACGUUUAGAAGAGAAUUUUGGCAAGGGUACAAUACGACAGCGACGUUCAGAUUUAUCAGUUUUACCAGAUGGACAGCCCUUGUCCAGCGUCGACGGAUAUGUAUCUAGCAAAAAUAUUCUUAAGGAGCACGAAAGCUACAAUAAAAGAUCUCUAGCAGAAAAUUAUUUCCAAAAUCUUUACGAUUCUUCAUCUAAUGCCGCAAUUUGGUGCCUUUUAUGCCAUGAUAAUAUUAUAAUAAUCGGUUGCUGUGAUGGGAGUGUUGAGGUUUGGGAUAUCCAGUCCAAUUAUCGGUUAUGUUGCUACAGAGGAUGUUCUUCUGGCGUAACAUGCUUAUCGGCCAUUAAAAACAGAAUCUUUGUGGGACGUUCUUACGGAAGAAUAGAUAUAUUACAAAUAUCUACUUUUAAACCUUAUGGUGGUUCCAGUAAUAAUUAUGGAAAUGAUAACCCUCAGCUGCCACAAUUAGCCAGUAUAAAUCUAUUGUGUACGAAGAAAUGGCAUCACGAGACGUUAAAUACAAUAAAAAUAGCAAAAGAGUUCGCCAUCACUGCUAGCCAAGAUAAAACUAUAAAAGUUAUGCGUUUGAGUGACUAUGGUUGUACAUACACUUUGCAUGGCCAUUCUGAUAGUGUUUCAUGUCUCAAUGUUGAUUUAAGUGCUGGUUUCUUUUGUGUUAGCGGAUCUGCUGAUUGUAGUUUGAGAGUCUGGGAUCUAAGCAAUGGUAGUUGUGUGCAUCACCUAAGUGAGGAACACACGACUGCAAUUACAGUGCUAGAAUGUAAUCAUAAAUAUGCGGUGAGCAUUAGCAUUGACAAUGUACUCUGCAUAUGGAAGUAUCGUGCCGGUGUUUGUAUACAUCGUAUUGUACAGUCAAACAACAUUAUUGGUGGUAUUGCCCUCUUAUCGAGUGCAUUAAUGGUUACUGGUAGUCAGGGUUGUAUAGUAGUCUGGAACGUUAGAAGUGGUCGUGUAAUGCGAACCAUUACACUUGGAGAAUAUGAUUGCUCGAACUUUGUCAGUCAUAUGCAAAAGAUCGACAAUACAACAGUAGCAUGUAGUUAUGGAAAUGAAAUGUACAUUAUUAGUUUCUCUUCAGUUGUAGAGAAGAAAGAUUAA